AUCCCGGCUGUUUGGCGGUGCAGAGCAGGCCUAGGGCUCGGAGUGAAGGCCGCGGCGGGACCGGGCCAGGCCGGCGCUGGGGAGAGAGUGAACCAGAGAGGCGCCGCGAACGGACAGUCCGCUCACCACGGCCGCAGGCUGAGCGGAGCCUAUGGCCCCGAAGCAGCAGCUGGAGAAGGCGGCCUGGCAGUGGACUGAGAGCGUCAGGCCGGAGGAGGUGAAGCAGGAACACAUCGAGCUGGCGUACCGCAUCCGCCUGGGCUCCUGCCGCAGGGACGCCCGCAGACGCAACUGUAGAGGAAACCCAAACUGCUUAGUAGGUCUUGGUGAACAUGUUUGGCUGGGAGAAAUUGAUGAAAAUAGCUUCCACAAUAUCGAUGAUCCAAACUCUGAAAGGAGAUGCAAGAAUACCUUUGUUGGAUUAACUAAUCUUGGAGCUACUUGUUACGUUAACACCCUGCUUCAGGUUUGGUUUCACAACCUUGAGUUGCGACAAGCACUGUAUCUCUGCCAUAGUCCUCGAAAGGAAAUAGGGACUGGAGAAGCGAUCGAGGAUGAUGCAGAAUUUGAACCGCAAUCCAUCUGUGAGCACCUUCAGUACUUGUUUGCUUUGUUGCAAAGUAGCAAUAGACGAUAUAUUGAUCCUUCUGGUUUUGUAAAAGCACUGGGCCUGGAUACAGGGCAACAGCAGGAUGCUCAAGAAUUCUCUAAGCUUUUUAUGUCACUAUUGGAGGACACACUAUCAAAACAGAACAAUCCAGAUGUACAGAAUAUUAUUCAGCAGCAGUUCUGUGGACAGUAUGCGUAUGUCACAGUGUGUAAUCAGUGCAGGCGGGAGUCUAAGCUGUUAUCUCGUUUUUAUGAACUGGAGUUAAAUAUCCAAGGACACAAGCAGCUGACAGAUUGCAUUGAUGAAUUUCUGAAGGAAGAAAAGCUGGAAGGAGAUAACAGGUACUUUUGUGAUGAAUGUCAGGACAAACAGAAUGCAACUAGGAAAAUUAAACUACUCAGCCUUCCAAGAACACUCAAUUUGCAGCUUUUGAGGUUUGUCUUUGACAGACAAACUGGUCAUAAAAAAAAGCUAAACUCUUACAUCAGCUUUCCUGAAGUUUUAGACCUAACUACGUACCUUGAACGAAAAGAUAUUGGCUGUAUUUAUGAACUGAGUGCGGUGCUGAUCCACAGAGGGGUGAGUGCAUAUUCCGGCCAUUACAUUGCACACGUGCGAGAUGACAGGACCGGCGACUGGUAUAAAUUUAAUGAUGAGGAGAUUGAGAAAAUGGAAGGGAAGAAGCUACAGUUGGGGAUAGAGGAAGAUCUUGCUGAACCUUCAAAGUCACAGACACGAAAACCCAAAUGUGUUAAAGGUGUUCACUGUUCGCGGAAUGCUUACAUGUUGGUGUACAGACGUAAAGUGGAAGGAGGCAAGGAAAAGGAAAUAACUGUUCAACUACCACCACAUUUACAAAAAAUGGUUGAACGUGAUAACAAAAAAUUUGAGGAGUGGUGCAUGGAAAUGGCUGAGAUGCGGAAGCAGAGUGUGGACAAAGGCAAAGCCAAGCAUGAGGAGGUGCAAGAGCUCUUUAACAUGUUACCAGCUAAAGAAGAUGAGCACUAUGAGUUUCUACCAGUGGAUUGGUUACGGAAGUGGCUGGAUGACUCGGCAGUAACAAAACCAAUUGAUAAUUCUUGCCACCUGUGUGCACAUAACAGACUUAUUCCGGAUAAAAUCUGUGAUGUCAAAAGGAUUUCUCAGAAAGCAGCUGAUAUUUUCUAUGCUAGAUAUGGAGGUGGUCCCAGGUUGGAUGCUACUGCUUUAUGUAGAGAUUGUGUGGUGGAAAAAUGCAGGAUUCUUAGAUUAAAAAAUCAGUUAAAUGAAGAUUACAAAAUCAUCUCCAACUUGACCAGGACCACAUUGCAAAGCCAUGAAGGAUAUUGGGUGGGAAAAGCCUCACUUCGAAGUUGGCGUCAACUAGCACUAAAUCAGUUGGAUGGAAAGGAAGGUGACCCAGAUCACACUGAUGGGAAAAGCAAUGGAGAAGGCCUAAACAAUUUGCAUGCCAAAGGGGAUGACGAGAUGAUAGGAGAAAAGGAUGAUGAUGAAGACAUGAACUUUAACGAAGAUCUUGUCUGUCCACAUGGCGAUUUAUGCACAUCUGAAACUGAAAGAAGACUUGUGUCUGUUGAAACGUGGCAUAGACUAAAGGCUUAUUUCCCAAAGUCACCUGAGUUCCCACAUUAUCACUCGCCUUGUGUACAGUGUCAGGUAUUAGAAAAGGAGGGUGAGGAAAAUGAAACUCUGAGCAAGAUGAUGGCAAAUGAGCAGAAAUCAGCACUUCUAUGUCUUUUUCAAGAUAAGAAUAGACCACUGCUAAUCAAAUGGCCUGAGGAGACAGAUGUUCUUUAUGUUGUUUCCCAGUUUUUUGUCGAAGAGUGGAAGAAGUUUAUCAGGAAGCCAACGAAAUGCAGUCCUGUAUCAUCUGUGGGUAACAAUGCACUUCUCUGUCCACACGGAGGUCUCAUGUUUACAGCAGAGUCAAUGACCAAAGAGGAUUCAAAACAUGUAGCUCUUUUAUGGCCAAGUGAAUGGGAAAUCAUCCACAAAUUAUUUGUCGUUGAUAAUACGAUUAAAGUUAUUCGACUGAUGAGCACUGGAGAAAAUGGCACUGUCCAACUGGAAUAUACCACCAGUCCUGAUCUUUGUGGAGAGUGUCGGGAAGGUUUACUUUGUCAACAGCAGCGAGAUUUAAGAGAGUACACACAGGCCACUAUCUAUAUCCGAAAGGUAGUGGAGAGUAUCAAGGUGAUGAAAGAAGGUGCACCAGAGCUAAAUUUAAGUGGUUCAGAGGCAGAGGAGGAGAGAGAGGAAUGCAAAGUAGAAGGAGAGAAGGAUCCUGACUUUAACCAGAGUAAUGGAGCGAAACGACGGAAGCUGACACACCCUUGUAUUGGUGGAGGUAACAGCAGCACAUACUAUAAACAGGGAAUUCGACGUAGCACACGGCAUAGAGUUCGUGGAGAAAAGGAGCUCAUUGUGUCAGCGAAUCAGACUCUCAAAGAGUUGAAAAUUCAGAUCAUGCAUGCCUUUUCUGUUGCACCAUUUGAUCAAAAUUUGUCACUGGAAGGACGGAUGCUAACUGAUGACACUGCAACACUGGGAAAUCUGGGAAUUAUCCCAGAAUCAGUCAUUCUGUUAAAGGCUGAUGAACCACUUGCUGAUUAUACAGCAAUGGAUGAUAUAAUGCAAGUAUGUAUGCCUGAAGAGGGUUUUAAAGGUACAGGUCUACUGGGCCACUGAGCAAAUGAAAAUUGCUGUGGACAGCUGAGUGAAAAGUUAUGCAAUAAGGAAGGACAAAGGUGAAGUUGCUCAAACAUUGCACCAAGCAUACAGGACAUGCAUUGACUUGGUUUAUACUUUUAAAAAGAAAGGACCAGUCUUAAAGUUUGCUUGUAUCUCCUGCCUUUUUAUGCAAAAAUGCACAGUGUCUUGAAUUCAGUUGAUGGAGCAAUAGAGGAAAAUAAACCUGUUUCGAUGCUGCCUUGACAUUUCAGAGUGACCAGAUCAUUGGUGUUGAGAGAGAAAAUCCCCUUCGAUUCACUGUGUCUAAAAAUGUAUUUGAAGCCAGAAUAGUGUCUUGAUGCCUGUUCUGAUCAAGCUGUUUGAUGUAAAGUUUCUUCCUUGAGCACGCUCAACUGUUGGCAAGUUGCUAUUUACCAUGAGGCCAAUAAUUAACUUUUUCUCCUGUGAUGUCAUCACACACUUAAAAGUUGAUUUUUGCUUAGAAUGACACAUCAACCUGUCAAUAUGUGUUAAUACUGAGUUAUAUAAAUUGUUUAACACAUCAAAUUAACAAGUCACUACUGCAUUUCAAAAUGUAAAAUAUGCAAGAACAAACUGAACAAAUUUAAUGUUCUAUGAGUAUCCUUGUUCAGGUUGUUCCUUGCAACUUGUAAACUGUGUACACAGUGAAAUAGUUGCCUGCAUUAAUUACAUUAAUGUUUCCUGAUAUAUUCGAGUAAUAUUGUACUAGGACCACUGAAGUGCUGUAAAUAAAUGCAAUGCUUCUUGAUUUAAUACAUUUUACUGUUUUGUUUUUUGAUACGGCCUUUUGCUUGGAAGAGAAUUGAAAGUGUGCUGAAAUAGGUUUUUCCAAAUCCUGUUAAAAGGGUUGUACAAAUUGCGUUUGUUGUAGAAAUGCUGUGGUAAAAAUGCUAUCUUGAUAAAUCUACUAGAAUUGUUAUAUUGCUUAUCUUUACUGUACCAAAUAAAAGAGCAGAUGGUUAUAGAAAAUGAGGUGU